CUGGAGACAAAGAUGGCGGUGCGGAAGAAAGACGGCGGGCCGAAUGUGAAAUAUUUCGAAGCCUCUGAUACCGUGUCUCAGUUCGACAAUGUCCGCGUGUGGCUGGGGAAGAAUUAUAAAAAGUAUAUCCAGGCAGAGCCUCCCACUAAUAAAUCUCUGUCCAGUUUGGUGGUUCAACUGCUGCAGUUUCAGGAGGAGGUUUUUGGUCGACAUGUCAGCAACCCUCCUCUCACCAAACUACCGAUGAAGAGUUUUUUGGACUUUAAGGCAGGAGGAGCGCUGUGUCACAUACUUGCUGCUGCUUACAAGUUCAAGAGUGACCAAGGAUGGAGGAGGUUUGAUUUCCAGAAUCCUUCUAGAAUGGACCGGAAUGUUGAGAUGUUUUUGACCAUAGAGAAGUCUCUGGUACAGAAUAACUGUCUGACUCGGCCUGUGAUCUACCUGAGCUCAGAGAUCGAACCCAAACUUCUGGGAAAAAUGAAGGAUAUUAUUAAACGACAUCAGGGCUCAGUAACUGAUGAUAAACAGGCUAGUUCUCAUCUGGUGGUUCCGAUCCCUGCCAGUCUGGAAGAGGAGGAGUGGGUCCGUCCUGUAAUGAAGAGAGAUAAACAGAUGCUGCUGCACUGGGGUUAUUGGCCCGACAGUUAUGAUACAUGGAUCUCAGCUAGUGAAGUGGAGGCUGUAGUGGAGGAUCCACCCAGUGCAGAGAAACCCAGGAAGGUUCAUGCUAAGUGGAUUUUGGAUCUGGAUCAGUAUAAUGAGUGGAUGAAUGAGGAAGACUAUGAGGUGGGUGAAGGAGGCACAAGGAGGAAGAGGAUCUCAGCUAAGACUCUCACAGAUGAAGUGAGUGCUCCUGAUGAGAGGAGAGAUAAAAAGCCGGCCAACGCCAAGAAACGCAAACGCUCUCCUUCGCCAUCCCCAACUCCGCCCCCUCAGGAGAGCAAGAAGAAGAACACAAAGAAAGGGCCCACUACCCCCUACAAUAAGUCCAAGCGAGGUCAGAGGGAGGAGGAGCAGGAGGAUUUGAAUAAAGACCUGGACGAGCCGUCACCUGUACCUGCAUCAGAGGAAACACUCAAUAAAACAGUGACUAAAAAGGACUCGGACUCAACUCCAGUUAAGGGAGGGACUGAUGGAGAUGAACAGGAGGAUGAGGCAAUGGAGACGGUGGGAAAGGAGGAGGAUGAAGGUUCUGCCAGUGUGAAGGGAGAACCAGUGAAAGGUUCUGAUCUACAUGAGGAUAACGUAACAGAACAAACACACCACAUUAUCAUUCCCAGCUACGCUGCCUGGUUCGACUACAACAGUGUUCACGCUAUCGAGCGCAGAGCUCUGCCUGAGUUUUUCAAUGGAAAGAACAAAUCUAAGACCCCUGAGAUUUAUCUGGCAUACAGGAACUUUAUGAUAGAUACAUAUCGGCUGAACCCACAGGAGUAUUUGACGUCUACUGCUUGCCGUAGAAACCUGGCAGGAGAUGUUUGUGCCAUCAUGAGGGUCCAUGCAUUUCUGGAACAGUGGGGUUUGAUUAAUUAUCAGGUGGAUUCUGAGAGCCGUCCCACCCCCAUGGGGCCGCCGCCUACAUCCCACUUUCACGUCCUGGCAGAUACGCCGUCCAGUCUCGUACCCCUGCAGCCGAAAUCCUCUCAGACUCCGUCCUCACAGCCCAUGAUGUCAUUCCCAGACAAAGUGAAGGACAAACCGACAGAUCUGCAGAACUUUGGGCUGAGGACCGACAUGUACAGUAAGAAGAGCGGCCCUUCUAAGAGUAAAAACGCUGCAAGUGCCACACGAGAGUGGACUGAACAGGAAACUCUGCUGCUGCUUGAGGGUCUGGAGAUGUACAAGGACGACUGGAACAAGGUGUCAGAGCACGUGGGAAGCCGCACACAGGACGAGUGUAUCCUGCACUUCCUGCGCUUGCCAAUCGAGGACCCUUACCUGGAGGAAGGACCCACGUCUCUGGGGCCGCUGGCGUAUCAGCCGGUUCCGUUCAGUCAGGCGGGGAACCCGGUGAUGAGCACCGUGGCUUUCCUGGCUUCAGUGGUCGACCCACGAGUGGCCUCAGCUGCAGCCAAGUCUGCCCUGGAGGAGUUUUCCCGGAUGAAGGAGGAGGUUCCAGCAGCUCUGGUGGAGGCUCAUGUACGGCGUGUGGAAGAAGCAGCCAGAGUAAGUGGCAGACCAGAUCCACUGUACGGCCUGGAGGGGAGUGGCAUCGCCGGGACGAGUCUGGAAGAUGCAGAUAAGCCUGCAGAGGAAAGUAAUGACGAGAGCAAAAGCAGUGAUGCUCAAAACACAGAGGACAAAAGAGACAACAAGGACGGUAAAGAUGGAGCGAAUGAAGAAGAGGAGAAACAGGGUGAGAACGGGAAGAAAGAAGAAGAAGGCAGUAAAGAGGUAGAAACAGAACGGGAGGCAGAGAAGACAGACUCAGACACAGGUGAUGUAGAGAAGGAGAAAGAAGGAAAAGAAGGAUCAGAGGAUGGACAGAGGGAAGGAGAGAGUGAUGUAGAGAGGAAAGCAAAGGUGGAGAGAGAUGUUGGUGAGGGGAAUCUGGCCACAGCUGCUGCCUCUGCACUCGCUGCUGCUGCAGUUAAAGCCAAGCACCUGGCAGCAGUAGAGGAAAGGAAGAUCAAGUCUCUAGUGGCUCUACUGGUGGAGACUCAGAUGAAGAAGCUGGAGAUCAAACUGAGGCACUUUGAGGAGCUGGAGACCAUCAUGGAUCGGGAGAGAGAGGCGUUGGAGUAUCAGAGGCAGCAGCUCCUGGCUGAUCGUCAGGCGUUCCACAUGGAGCAGUUGAAGUAUGCAGAGAUGAGAGCACGCCAGCAGCACUUCCAGCAGAUACAACACCAGCACCAUAGCAACCAACCCGGCAACCAGCCUGGCAAUGCACCGCCCAUCCCCCACCAAACGGCACCUAACGCUAACGCCCCGCCUCCUGCACCCAGCCUUGCCCCAGCUGUCUCAGCCAGCAACCCCAGUGAAGCCCCACCCACCUCUGCCUCUCAUGGCUCCUCCCCCAAUAACACACAGCCUGGAGCAGUGCACGACUCCAGCACUGCACUAACAGGAGACUCCCUCCAUCCCUCCGGCCCAGUGACCCCUGCACAGUGAACACACACACAACGAGUGAAGGGUUUAGAGAAUCAUCACGUUUUCUUUCUGGGAGAAUUUUAGUCAUUUAAACACUUUAAACUGUUCAGACAACAAAUCCGACGUCAACACACUAAUUCUAUAUCCUUUGUAGUCUAUAUAGUCUAUCUGAUAAACAGUGUUAAGUGUGUGUGGGUUUGUGUAAUUUAUGGUCCAGCAGAUUCCCCACAGAACCCUGGUGAUGUUACACCACCUCACUGAAGCUCUCACACGAGAAUAAAUCAAAUAAGCUGCAUUUUUAAAAACCUGUUCAGUUUUUUCUCAUCUGGAGACACGAAUGAUUUGAACCUGAAGCACUUAAAGCAUUAUUUUAUUAAACGUCUCCUGGGGUUUUGUAUCGACUGGAUAAAGUGUUUGAUUAGGACUGAACCUCGGUGAAGGUGUGACUCGUGUGACUGUCAGGACCAAGCGAGAGCUUUAGGUUUAGUCGCUCCAUCUUUUGGGAUUCAUGAAUUUUUUUUACAUGUUUUAUUUUCAGUAUUUUUCUGUAAGAAUAUAAAUGUUAGCAUGAUUAAUAACUGAUGGACAGAACAGUGUUAAAGCCUGAACUUUCUCUUUGUUGACUGUAAAUGAACAUUGCGUACUGUAAAACUGCAGAACUGUUCCACUGCAAAUAGCAUCAAGUCUUUUUAUAUCCUGAAGUUUAUCCACUUCCUCUACAGUUCCUCUUCACCUCCAUUUUCACUUCGUCUUUCAUCCCUCGUUCACACGAGGUGUUUAUAGGCAGGUGUUUAGUGUGUGUGUCGUUUCCUGUCAUUUCACUCAGUGUUUGUUUCAUUUACUAAACUGCUGUUCACAGAUUACACCGCUGACAUCAUCCCAUUUACUCGUUUGGACCGCAGAACCACAGCCGUCACUAUAGUGACACUAAAGUCAUGUGUAAAUACACAAAGGCAUCCCUUUUGUUCCGUGGCCUAGACUCCGCCCCUUUAUCUGCGUGUGUUUAGAGGACUGUACGUGAAAAUUUGGACACGUCUUUAAAUUUAUUUCUGGAGAUGUUAAAACACAGAAGCAGUCAGAAGGCAGUAAUAAGUUUAUCUAUACAUUUAGGAUUAUGUUGUGAUCAGAAAUGUCAUCGCUGGCUAAAUAAACAUCACCGAGUCAUAAAAGUCUGUAAAAAACAAUGUAAUGUAUGGACUUAGACACUUACACCGGAAAAGUUUACUGCUUAAAUCAGAUGAGUAGUUUGUGUGGAACACUCAAGAGUUUGUGUCCCAUCUAGAAAAAAAGUGUGUGUGAAAGUUAAAUGAAGGAACAUGACUGAGUAACAAAGUGAAGGACGGUGAUGUUACACCUGCACUUGUGUAUGUUAUUAUUGUAUUUUUAUAUAUUCAUUAUUAUCAUGAGUUUUCAUGUUAGUGUUAUUUCACACUUAGAACAUGUUUGUGUAGCUGAUUCGUGUGUGAACGUGUCACAUUACACACAUUAAACCUCUGUAUGUGAGGAACUUUUAUUUACUUUUAUAUUGUGUUUCAGACUCACACAUUACAGCAGUAAUGCAGUUUAACCCCCUCACCAACACACACCAUUUUCAUUGUGAUGCACUAGUGUUUUAUUAAAAAAAAAAAGUGUGCACACGUGAAAUGUUUUUCUAUUUGGGAUGUUUGUGGUGUUAAAGUGGAACAGUUGUGUGUUGGAUGUCGGUUCUUUGCUGAUCUGCUCAGCUGUUGAUCAACAGACUGGUUUAGAAAGUUUACUCUAAUUUCCCCAAAUACAUUCAUACACCUUGAACAAUAAAACGUCAUCAACGA